AUGCUAUCUAUACUCAAUCCAUCCAUCAUUCUCGGCGCUCUGGCGGUGUUGCCGAUCCUCACCUCUGGGUCGCCUACCCCUGCCAUACGAGCUGGGGCUGAAGCUGCCAAGAGGAAGAUUAGUUGCAAUUCCAAUUAUCAAGGUUACGCCUUUCUCUACUUCAGCAACCGUGAUGAAAACAUUUAUCUGGCUGCCAGCAACGGAAACGACGCCCUGUCCUUCACGGAGCUCAACAAUGGGAAGCCCAUCUUGAAAUCUACAAAAGGGGACGGUGGAGUCCGCGAUCCCUUCAUCUUGAGGUCACAUGAGGGGGACAAAUUCUACAUCCUCGCGACUGAUCUUUGUAUCGGCUGCGGUACGAGCUGGGGAGACGCUCAACGCUUUGGCAGCCGAUAUCUCGAGAUCUGGGAGUCAAAAGACCUUAUCACGUGGAGUGCCCAGCGUCAUGUUGAGGUAUCGCCAGAUAAUUACGGCAAUACCUGGGCACCCGAGGCUUAUUAUGAUGAUGAUCUUAAGACCUAUGUUGUCUACUGGGCUUCUGGCAUUUAUGACAAUGAAGCAAACCCCGAUCAUAACCCUACUGCAUACCAGCGGAUGGUCUAUGCUACCACGGAUGACUUUAUAACCUUCAGCGAGCCAAAGGUCUGGCAAGACGAACCACCCAAUGGCCGGAUUGACUCUACCGUUAUCAAGGAGGACGGAAUCUAUUAUCGUUUCACAAAGGCUACUAUCAAUGGCUGUGCGGAUAUCGUGCAGGAAAGCAGUACGUCGUUGACUGCAGGUUUGGAUGACUGGCACAUGAUAGCCAGUUGCAUUGGAAAGAAUGCUGGAACGCAAGAGGUGGAGGGCCCUUCGAUCUUCAAGACCAACUGCAAGGAUGUCAAUGGUGCUAGAUAUAUCCUCUUGGCUGAUGAAUUUGGCGGUAAUGGUUAUGUUCCACUGGAGUCAACUGAUCUGGCUGGUGGGCAGUGGACAUUGAGGAAGGGUUACAAUUACCCCGAGUCUCCUCGUCAUGGUACCAUCAUUCCUCUGACGUUGGAGGAAUUGGAAGGCAUCCAGAAGGCUUUUGUCGAUGCCACUUGA